UUACUCAAAUAGGAAAAAAGGUAUGACAAAAAAUUUAUUUUGACGCUCAACCUUUCUUCGUAUUUACACCACAUAAUGAGCGAUAAAUCACGGGGAGAGCGCAGACCAGAGGAUGCCUCAGCAUCUUCAACAAACGAUAUCACGCCAUAUUCUUCGGUGCAAAGUUUCACCUCCCCUCUACGUACGGAUGCGAAUGCGUCAUCUUUUGAAUCUGCUUUGUCACCAACGCCUCUGCCCUCGCCUAUCCAUGGAAACGACGAGCGCAAGAUAAUUACAAACGUUUUGACCUCAGCAUCAAUUGGCACAGCAACUGAGUACGCCAAUCGAGAUUUAAGUACACAAACUUCGUUUAGUAUAAUUCCUCCCAGCAUAACGCAACCCGGAACCAAUGAGUUCUCUGGACAAACUUCUCUAAUCCCCAUAGAAGAUCGGCAGAGUAGAGCAGAGAUCGAGGUGCAGACCAUGUCUAGUACUGAUCUACUUCAAGUGGCACAAUCGGGUACAGAGAGUGCAGCAGAUAUGGUAGACGAACGAAAUACCAAAGAUGUCGGUGCCCAAACAACACAAACCACUGCCGAAUUUGGCAUGCAAACCGUGGAGCCUAUACCCGAAAGUAGUAUCGCUGAGACUUCAUUGGAUAGUAUGCUCUCAUCAGUAGAUGAGGUGCGCCUCUAUGAUGAGGAGUCGGACCAAACGUUACAGCAUCGUCCGAAGAAGCUAACGAAAAAACGCACGAGUGUUAACGAACCUGAAUUACGUGCUGGAUCUUCCUAUAUAUUGUCCAAAGUAAGAAGUCAUUCUCUAGAGGAUUAUGGUAUCCCCAGUUACGGUGCCUCAGCCAGUGUGGACAGCCAAGGAGAACGAAACCUUCUAUAUAGUACUGAACUGCUAUCCACUACAGAGGCAACUACGGGAAUGGAAGAACUUUCUUCACAGUUUAUUAAAUCAGUAAACGAAACCGAAAGUUUACAGGACUCGGAUAUGCCAGCAAAAAGGCCGGUAGUAAGAAUCCUAGUAUCUGAUAGUUCAUCAUCCUUGUCCAGUGAACCGAAUUUCGAAGAUGGGCUUACAGAUCUUGACGAUGGAAUUUUGUAUAUGAUUGUGCCACCGGAUGGCGGUUACGGCUGGUUCAUUGUGCUCAUGUCCUUCCUGUGUCAGGUUGUUGUGGAUGGCAUCAUUUUUUCGGUCGGCAUUUUGCUGCCCUAUAUUGAAGACGAAUUUGGCCAGACGGAUACGACUAUAGUACUCGUCGCUUCGAUUCAAGUUGGUUGCUAUUUUCUUGUAGCACCUGUGGCGAGCGCAUUCAUCAAUAGGUUUGGCUUUCGAUCAGUGGCAUUGGUGGGCUCUGUAUGUUCGAUUGUCUUCAUAUUGAUCGGUACCUACAGUCACAAUAUCGUAAUGUUGAUUUUCUUUUAUAGUGUGCUGGGUGGUCCUUCGCUGAGUCUCAUUUGGGUCUCCUCACAAUUGAUCGUUGGCUAUUAUUUCGAACGUUAUCGUCCCAUCGCCAAUGGUGUUUCGUGUGCUGGCGCCGGUGCUGGUAUUUUAAUAUUUUCCUUUAUGAAUGCAAUAAUUUGCCCAAAAAUUGGUUGGCGCAACGCCUCACGCAUUCACACGGCGCUGUUGCUGUGCGUUCUCCUCAUGACGAUCACGUAUAUUGAGGUUACACCGAUACCAGUCGCAACAGUGGAAAAGGAAGCCACUUCGUCUUCAACAAGUGUAUCUGAAAUCAUAGUGCCUUUUAACGAAGUGCGCUAUUCACAGUUUCAUGUGCCACUACCAGCGCCCAUCACCAAUAGAGGAUUGGAGCAAAUGAUUGAGGUAUAUGACCCAGAAAGAUUACGGACUGCUGAAAGAAUGUGCCCUUGUUGCUAUCAACGAAAACGUUCAGCUUCCGUUGAUACUCAAGUCGUGGAGCGCGAUGAUGAGGUAGAGGAAGAUGUUGCAAAUACGAGUAUACAAAGGCGACCCACCUAUUUCGUCCGUUUAGAUCCAAUCGAAAGAGAAGACCUUUUCUAUACUGGAAUCGCUCUAUAUGAAUCUGAUGAGGCAGUCACUACACUCCGUUGCACUACGGGUCAUCGAAUUUUAAUCGAUAAAGAGCGGGCUCCAAGUAUUGAAUACUCAUUGUCGGUUAUGCGCGCACAACGUCAGCAUCGGACAGUGCGUCGCACAGUUGUCGAGCUGCGUAAUCGCCAUAAAUACCCCUACUUGGCGUUUAUAUCUCCGCGAAAUUGGAUGCCUUCGAAGAUGUUUAACGCAUUUGCGAAGCUGUUCGAUAUGAAUAUGUUGAGUAUUAUGGAAUUUCGUUUGUUGGUGCUGUCGGCUUUCUUCUUUCCCAUGGGCUUCAACAUACCUUUCGUGUACUCCAGCAUACGUGCUGAGGUGGAUCCGUUUAACUCGAGUCUUAUCUCACCAACUAUUGGUCUUUCCAAUUUCAUUUUCCGCAUUAUUUCCGGUUUUGCUGCCAAUAAGUAUCGCUCCCAAACGACUUACAUAUGUGGUGGCGGCAUCGUCUUCGGCGGCUUGGCAGUCCUUGUGAGCGCAUUCUAUGGCGAGGAUGUGGUAUGGUUUCAGUACACAUAUGCGGCCUGCUAUGGAGUGGCGCCAGCCUUCUUUUCAACCUUACGAGCCAUUAUCUAUGUUCGCGCUAUAGGUUUGGAGAAACUAACCAAUGCUUUUGGUCUCACCACUCUGGCCAUGGGUCUUGGCGUAUUUCUGGGCACCACUGCUGCCGCAAUUCUGAAUGACUUAACUAAUCAUUAUAAUGCCGCAUUUGCCUUCUCUGGGGUUUGUUUGAUAAUGGCUGGUGCAUUAAAAUUGAUUUUACCAACCUUGAUACGUCAGAGGACUGAACGUUUGAGUGCUGAGUGGGAUGGUUACACAAUGUGAAAUUAAGAAAUAGUGUUUUAAGAA